UUCGUCACCCUAUCAAAUCAUGAUGCCAUGUUUUACCAAGCUGCCAGAUUCAUUGUUUUUCAUGCAUGAGGGGCUACAGCAGGCUCGUGCUCCUACUUUAUUAUGUUUCCAAUCUGCUAUAGAAAGUUCUUCCUCACUGGAUCUAAUUCAGCGGUCUGCUCAAAAUGUUUCGAAGAUGUAGGUAAUGCAGAAAGGCUCGUUAACUGAAAGAGCAAGCAGAAGUCUAGCAUCUAAAAAGUUGGACACGCUUGUCGCGUCCAAGUUACUUGAAGUUACACUGCGCGGAAAGGAGAUCUCGGAGGUGAAAGUUUCUGAUGGUACAUGCACUCUUGUUGUGGAAGGUGAAUUUAAGUUUAGUUAACUUGAUUACGAGGUCAUUCUAUCAAUGUGGAGAAUAUUGCAUUUGGAGUUGCUUGUUGGUGAGAAGAAGCGACUCGUGAAAAUUGGAAGAAAUUUGGCAGCGGCAUAAUCCUUGAAGAUGCAUUUAGAGCGCAGAAAAGGCUGCCGCAUGAGAUCCGUUCAUGCUUUGUAUUUAGUCCUCCAUGAUCUUUGCAUUUCUCUAAUUAUGGAUAACUGUAAUAAGGCAAGUACAACAGAACACUCGUCAGGAAGGUGGAAGACGCAAUUCGGUUUUGAUCAUAACGAAGGUAGUACUGUUUCUGGACAACUAAAUCAAGAUGGAGAAACUGAUUAUACUGGUGGUUGGCGCACACCUGGUUGAAAAUUUAUGUACUGGCUUGAUUUGGAUAAAAAACUCUGGUGCCUAACUGAUUCCAGGACAUGCCCAUUUAUAAAAAUUGAACCUGGCCAGAAUUUGCAGAUAAAGUGUGUCCCAUCAAGUCUUUUGUUGUAGAUCCAAAAUGAUAGAGAGGCAGAAUUUUUUCCCUUGGCCACAGUGUAUUGAUGUUGAAAACAUUGUUGCUAGAGCAUAUGCUGUAAUAGAUAUAGUCUCGUCUGCUUGAAUUCCGAAACGGAGCUGGUAAGAUCUCAAAUCUUUCGUGUUGCGGGUGAUGUUGUGCUUCAAUCACUUUAUGGAUACCUGAUGUUGAACCAGCAAAAAGAAUAUGAAGAAGCCUUAAUCAAGGAAAGUACAACUGCUGCUGAAGUUUUUAUCAGACCUGAAUCAAAAGCAUUUUUGCAUUUAUUGCUUCUAUUGGCAGGUUUUUUAGUUCAACAAUGUGUGCUAAUGGGGUUUCCAGAUUGUGGGAGUUCAUAUUUUCUGCUUUGUGCAACUUGAAUAGGAUUUCAAGCUCUGUUCAAGCUGCUGGAGACUCAGCCAGAUUCAUCUGGGAAAAGUUCAUUCUUUGAAGAUUCAAAUAUGUUGAUGCGUAUAAAGGAAAUUGAUGUUAGCCAGAUGCAGAUGCUUGAACCGAGUUUGAAUCUUAGUCUAUUGGACUUUGGGAAAAUGAAUGUGGGAAGGAAGGGUUCUUCAGGUCUCUCAGAUGAAAACAAUGUUGUAAAAGUUUCCAGUGCAAGCUUUCCAAUUAUAAUGGUUCUUUGGAAGGAGUGCAAGUGUCAAAACUACCAGCUUCAAAAAUCUGACCAGGAAUUUGACUUCUCUGAAGAUCUCCUCCAUCUUCUUAUUGGAGGGUUAGUUCUAAUUCCUGCAGAAAGUAGAUUCAUCCGACUGUUAUCUCCAACCCAGUCCACCGGCUCUCGAGCCUCCACGCCAAGGUGCCAAGCCCUAUGCGCUGGAGAAGCUCCCCUACUGGGACUCUUGCUGGGUCCUAUAAGAAUCACUGGAUCAAGCUCAUUAGUUUUACAGACUCCCGUACUGAUAACAGUUAUGGGCAAUCUUAUAGCUGAAGCAAAUAAGGGGAAAUGCCCUUCUAGCAUUUAUGUUUCUGCUCUACUUCAUGUGGUUUAGGCAUUGUUCACUGCAUUAAGAUCCAGACUAACUAGCAGAUGGACGGCCCUUGAAAUUCCAUAUGUCGAAGAGGUUGGUCUGAGAAAUGCAGUCUUCAAUAUCUGGUUUCCGGCUUCCAUUUGCCUCGAGGCGAUUCCUGCAGCACAUAUGCUUUGCCGACUUGGCAGACCUGGAAGCGAUGUAUUGGGAUGGUUAAAAAUAACUGAACAGCACUUCCGCGAUCCUCAUCUAAUUUCUGAUGUUAAAGUUUUCAGUGGAGGCAAAACUGUCUUGAGGCAGCUGAUUAAGUUAUCAGAACAGAUGAGGAAGAGCAAUUUUAAAUUGAGGCAGUUUGGACUAAUGAGUUUGUGGUUCAGUUUUUUGGGACGCGGUGUCCUUGGUCGCUUUGUUGUUGAGUGGGAAUCCAAGGUAAAGAAGGUGCACAUGCAUGUCCCUGACCAACUAUGGCCGCAUACUAAGGCAGGUUAUGUACAAUCCCAGGGGGUUUUUGCCUGGCAGUUUCAACUAAUAACUGUUAGUGCGGCAACUUCUGGUUUCAAUAGUGAACUCUGUUGCAUUUCUACUGGUACUGGCCUCUUGGGAAUCACAAUUUUUCCAUGGUCCCUGCCAAAUGUUAGCCUUUCUGCUGGUUCGAAGGGCCCUGGCAUUGUUUCUAGCUUAACACUUUUGCCAAUUGGGAUUGUCUCUGUCGUUCUACGCGGUCCAUACUGGAUCCGAUUAUCUUAUCGCAAGAAUUUUGGCAGUGAUAUGCGAUGCUUUUUUGCUGGAGACAUCAGGUUUGGUUGCAAACCGGCCACCACCUAAGAAGCCACAAAGCUGGGAGGAUCACUGAUUUCAAAUUUGGCUGUUGUGAGUUCAGGAUUGCCUAUACGUAGAUCCCCGGGUGCUGGUGUCCCCCUGUCACGGUGAGCAGGAGAACUAAAUACAGCCAUUAUUGGUCUUUUUGUGAUGAUGGAGGGUAAUGGGGUGGCUUGGGUUCCUCUUCUUGCUCUUAAGAAGGUUCUAAGAGGUAUUCUUAAUACUGGAGUCCUUUGGCUGUUUGCCCAGUUACCAGAUCUUCUGAAAGAGAUCCUAGGAUCAAUAUUGAAGACAAUGAAGGUGCAACUCUUGAAUUUGGACCAGUGAAA